AUGGAGGAGAAUCGCUUCGGUGCCGAGCUGCUGCCAACCGCCCUCUCCCUUCCCGGGGCUCUGGCCAAACCCAUCAUGGAUCAGUUAGUGGGGGCUGCAGAGACUGGUAUCCCCUUUUCCUCCCUGGGUCACCAGGCAGCAGCCCAUCUGAGGCCUUUAAAAACUCUGGAGCCAGAAGAAGAGGUGGAAGAUGACCCGAAAGUGCAUCUGGAAGCCAAAGAGCUUUGGGAACAAUUCCAUAAAAGAGGCACGGAGAUGGUGAUUACCAAAUCGGGAAGGAGAAUGUUUCCUCCAUUUAAAGUGAGAUGCACUGGACUGGAUAAAAAGGCCAAGUACAUUUUAUUGAUGGAUAUUGUGGCGGCUGAUGAUUGUAGGUACAAAUUCCAUAAUUCCCGGUGGAUGGUAGCCGGCAAAGCUGACCCUGAAAUGCCAAAGAGAAUGUACAUCCACCCGGACAGCCCGGCCACCGGCGAACAAUGGAUGUCCAAAGUCGUCACCUUUCACAAGCUGAAGCUCACUAACAACAUCUCCGACAAGCACGGAUUCACCAUUUUAAACUCCAUGCACAAGUACCAGCCCCGGUUCCACAUCGUCCGAGCAAACGAUAUCCUCAAGCUUCCCUAUAGCACGUUCAGGACCUACGUUUUCCCGGAGACUGAAUUCAUCGCAGUGACCGCAUACCAGAAUGAUAAGAUCACUCAAUUAAAAAUUGACAACAAUCCCUUUGCCAAAGGUUUUCGGGACACCGGGAAUGGAAGGAGAGAAAAAAGGAAGCAGCUGACCCUGCAGUCCAUGCGGGUGUACGACGAGAGGCAGAAGAAGGAAAAUCCCACCUCGGACGAGUCGUCCAACGAGCAGACGGCCUUCAAGUGCUUCGCCCAGUCCUCCUGCCCCGCCGUGCCCGCCGUCGGCACCUCCAGCCUCAAAGAUCUCUGCCCCAGCGAGGGAGACAGCGAUGCGGACAGCAAAGACGAUCCCUUGCUAGAAGCCAACGAGUCGGGCAAAAUCAGCACGACCACCGCCACCACCCCAGCGCCGGCCAGCUCCGCCGCGGCCGCGGGAGACGACCCCCGGGAGAAAGGGGGAAGCCCCUCCAAAAGCCACUUCUUUCCCGGAGACUCGGCGGGGAGCCGGAGCCGAGAGAGAACGGAGAAAGCCCCUCCGGACUCCCGGCACAGCCCGGCUACUAUCUCUUCCAGCACCCGGGGGGGAAGCCUGAGCGGCGAGGAACUGAAAAGCCCCCUCAGGGAUGGCCCCAAAGUAGAUGAGAACCGGCUGCUGGGCAAAGAGCCCUUCGCCCCCCUCACGGUCCAGACCGACAGCACGGCCCACCUGAGCCAGGGACACUUGCAAAACCUCGGCUUCCCCCCUGCCCUGGCCGGCCAGCAGUUCUUCAACCCGCUGGGCAACGGGCACCCGCUGCUGCUGCACCCCGGGCAGUUCGCCAUGGGGGGGGCCUUCUCCGGCAUGGCCGCGGGGAUGGGGCCGCUGCUCGCCACCGUCUCCGGGGCAUCCGCCGGUGUCUCGGGACUGGACAACACGGUCAUGGCCACGGCGGCGGCCCAGGGACUCUCGGGAGCAUCGGCGGCUGCUCUGCCUUUCCAUCUGCAGCAGCACGUCCUGGCUUCUCAGGGCCUGGCCAUGUCUCCCUUCGGAAGCCUCUUCCCCUACCCCUACACCUACAUGGCGGCGGCGGCCGCCGCCUCCAGCGCCGCCUCCAGCUCGGUGCACCGGCACCCCUUCCUCAACGCCGUGCGGCCGCGGCUCCGCUACAGCCCCUACCCGCUGCCCGUCCCCCUGCCCGACGGCAGCAGCCUCCUCACCACCGCCCUGCCCGGCCUGGCCGCCGGCUCCGGCGAGGGCAAAGCGGGGGGGCUGAAUGCCAGCCCCGGUUCCGGGCCCCUGGACUCCGCCUCGGACCUCACCAGCCGCUCGUCCACCCUCUCCUCCGGCUCCGUCUCCCUCUCCCCCAAACUGGGCGCGGAGAAGGAGGCGGCCACCAGCGAACUGCAAAACAUCCAGCGCCUGGUCAGUGGGCUCGACCCCAAGCAGGACAGAUCCCGCAGCGGCUCCCCGUAACCCCCCCGGCCUCCGGGAGCUCAUUUCAAAUCCGUCUCGCAGUGCACUUUGUUUGAAAGAAACCACAUCCUCCACCCGCGAGUUGGUUGUGUUGUUUGUUUUUUUUUUACCCCCCUCUUUUAGUUGGG